UAUUCUCAAGCAGUGAGGCGGGUCGCACGUAUGUGGCGUUAGGAGCAGUUCGGGAAGAUUGAGGUUAGACUUUCGGUAAUCAGGCAGAAGUUAGAGUUAGAGUCGGUGUUGGGCCUCGAUUUGUUGGGUUAUAUUCGUAACGCUGACGACAAUGUCGAGGAAGCAGAACAAAUCGUGGGGUGGACGAGGAGGAAACAACUACCGCGGGAGAAACGAUCAGAACAAGCUGUACUUCGGCCACGAUGAUCGAGGAAGAAAUAUGGGAAGAGAUGGUGGACCACAUGUCGGUCCAAUCAAGCAUCGCGUUUCCUUCAAGCCUUUUCAUAGACCAAACAAUAGGGAUAUAAUGUCAAGAAAUUUGGCAUUUGCGAGUUUAGAUGAUAUUCCAAUGAUGACCGGUUCUAAUAACAAUACGAGGCAGGUGAUAAUUAAUCAGAGGAAUAAUAGAGAUAGGGGCGAUGGGAAUUGGAGGACUGUUCCCCAUGGAAGGAAUAGUUCCAUGCCGAAUAGGAAUUUCAAGGGAGGUCAGCCAGGUCCUAGGAUGCGACCUCUUCCUUUGGAACAAUUCAAUUGGUAUAAAAUUGAGAUAUCAGACGGUCGUAAGUACGAAAAAGAGUUUGUGAUAAAUACUCUAUUGAAUAUGGUACCUGAAGUCAUUCCAAUAAUGUACAAAAUAAUGGGGAAUGAUGCUGUUUUCUACGUGGAUGAUCAGAAGACAGCAAAGGCGUUAAUGAAUUGCAACCAUAAGAUUACAAUGAACGAUGGGUCUAAGUUGAAAGUGAAGAUAGUCGAAUCACGUUUCCCUGCUUGUAAGAUUGACGAUAAAUUGAAAGACAGAUUGAAGCAAGCAAUGGUUAAGAGAUAUGUACAAGAGACAAAUGCUCUGAAUUUAAGCAAGUUCCAUCUGGAUCCGGAACUUUAUACUGACUACUUUUACGCAUUGUUCCAACCCACUAUGUUGACGACCGUAUUGGAUAUUGUGGCGCAGCAUAUUCCGAAUUUAGAGGCUCUAAAUUUGGAAGGCAAUAAGUUAAAGAAUAUUGAAAGCGUGUUGGCUAAGAAAUUCUCGAAAUUGAAGAUUCUUUAUAUCGGCGAAAAUAAAAUUAAAGACAUUGAUCAACUCGAUGCCAUUAAGGAUCUGAAGUUGGAUGAAUUGAAGAUGGCUGGAAAUCCCGUCUGUAACAAGUAUAAAUCUCGACAAAAUGAUUAUGUCAGCGAUGUACGACGACGCUUUCCAAAACUGCUGCGCUUGGAUGACGUCGAAUUGCCACGACCGAUCGUCUUUGAUGUUGUUGAUGAAGCUGCCAAGAUGCCUCCACCACAGAGGAUGUUUGUUGCCGAUGGAAAAGCGCAAGAGAUAGCGAGUCAGUUUUUGCAUCAGUAUUUUACGAUAUUUGAUACUGAAAAUCGUCAACCUCUACUUGAUGCGUAUGACGAACAUGCAAGCUUUAGCAUGACGAUAAACACUGCCCACAAUAAUAAAUUGAAUGGUUAUAUCAGGGAAAAUCGAAACCUGUUCAGAGUAAAUGACAUCACCAGACGACAGAAAUUGUUAAAACAGGGGAGAUUGCAUGUAGUUUCUUUUGUAUCAGAAAUGCCGCGAACAAGGCAUUUGUUUAAUACCUUUACGAUGGACAUCUCUCUUGCUACACAAUCGAUGAUGUUCAUUACGAUAACGGGUUACUUCCAAGAACUCGAUAACAAAGACGAACUAAUUCGUUACUUUAAUAGAACUUUCAUAAUCGUCCCGGAAAGCAAAGGGUAUCGCAUUCGAAAUGAGCAGUUGCACAUUAGUCAGCCAUCCGAGGAACUAGUGAAGCAACUGCAUCAACAGUUUAGUCAGCUAAACAGUCAGCCAACCCAGCCAGAGGCACCGGCGCUGGGAUCCGCGGAAGUAGCGAAGUCCAUAGUCUCAGAACUUAGUAACGAUAUAAAGCAGCAGAUGACGAUGGCGUUAAGCCAGCAGACAAAUAUGAAUCUAGAAUGGAGUUUGAAGUGCUUACAAGAGAGGCAAUGGAACUACGACAACGCACUCUCGGCCUUUCAAGAGUGCCACAAACGUGGAGAGGUACCGUUAGAAGCGUUUACGAAAUAAACACGUAUAAAAUGGUUAAAAAUCACAAUUUCAAUCUCAUUGCAAUCUCAACAUGCAAGAAAAGUCAUGUUUAUUUUUCGUAUUGUGAUUUUUAAC